AUGACGAACGACACACAGACGGAACACAGACACCAUCAGCGCACCAACUCGUUAGAUCAGUUCACCGACCCUUUUUCGACAGCAGAGAUCUAUUAUGGACCGGCAACUGAUCCUAGUAGGAGGAAAGCCAAGGGUUUUAAUAGGACCAGAACGAUGAGCGUGUUGGGUAAUGCGUCGCAGUUCAAAUUAAGUGAUUUUACCUCGAAUUUGCCUGUCACAAGACGCGGUUCUGAAGACGACAGCUACUUGAGCUCUAAGGGAAGAAGAAAAUUCUUCAUCGAGGACGUGGACGCCACUUUGGAACAGCUUCUUAGUGGGGAAGACACUGACCAAAACUAUCAAAUCACGAUAGAGGACACUGGGCCCAAGACAAUUCGUAUCGGAACGGCCAAUUCGAACGGCUACAAAAAACUCAGUAUCAAGGGUACUUACAUGCUCUCAAACUUGCUCCAGGAACUUACACUCGCCAAAAGCUUUGGGAGGAAACAGGUAGUGCUAGAUGAAGCUAGAUUGAACGAAAACCCGGUCAAUCGGUUGGAGAGGCUAAUUGUCACCCACUUUUGGAAGUCUUUAACCCGGAGAAUUGACCUUUACAAUGUCGCGAAGAUUGCAGCGGACACCAAGAUUGACACUCCUGCUGCCAAAGUUCCUCGCAUUUACGUGCCCUACAAUUGUCCCGAUCAAUACGAGUUUUACGUUCAAGCGUCUCAGAUGAACCCAACUUCUAACCUGGAUGUGGAGUACUUGCCAAAAGACAUCACUCCGGAGUAUGUCAAAUCCAUUAAUGAUCGGCCAGGGCUCUUGGCUCUGGCUAUGGAAAAACACAUGGACCCUUCCACGGGUGAAGAGGUGAUGUUCAGCUACCCAUACGCUGUACCAGGAGGCAGGUUCAAUGAGUUGUACGGGUGGGACUCCUACAUGAUGGCACUUGGCCUUUUGGAUAGCAGCAAGAUAGAAGUUUCCAGAGGCAUGGUGGAGCACUUCAUCUUUGAGAUCGAGCACUACGGUAAAAUACUCAACGCUAAUAGAAGCUACUAUUUAUGCAGGUCUCAGCCUCCAUUUCUAACUGAUAUGGCAUUGAAAGUAUAUGAGAAAAUGGGUGGUAAAAGUAAUCCGGACGCUGUUUCGCUGCUCAAACGUGCAUUUGCUGCUGCAGUGAAGGAGUAUAAGACUGUUUGGAUGGCUUCUCCUAGAGUUGAUGAGACCACAGGUUUGUCCUGCUAUCAUCCUGACGGUCUUGGAAUACCACCUGAAACCGAACCUGGCCACUUCGAUGCUGUAUUAAUGCCGUUUGCUAAUAAGAAUAAUGUCACCAUUGAAGAGUUCAGAAAUCUCUAUAACGAUGGCGUGCUGGUCGAGCCUGAGCUGGAUGAAUACUUUCUGCACGACAGAGGUGUAAGAGAGUCAGGACAUGACACCACUUAUAGACUCGAUGGCGUGUGCGGACAUUUGGCAACUAUUGAUUUGAACGCCUUACUUUACAAGUACGAGGUGGAUAUUGCGGAGCACAUCGAAAACUUUCAUGACGGAGAAUUCACUGAUCUACUGGGUGAAAAGACAGAGGCUUCAUAUUGGAAGGAACAAGCCGAGAAAAGAAAGGAAAGGAUUAAUUAUUAUCUUUGGGACGAAGAAACAGGGUUCUUUUAUGAUUAUCACAUUAAGUUCAAGGAAAAAAUGACAUACGAGUCUGCCACAACUCUUUGGGCUUUGUGGGCGGGAGUAGCCACGAAAGAGCAAGCUGCCAAAAUGAUUAAACUUGCAGUACCUAAACUGGAAAUGCUAGGCGGUCUCGUUUCUUGUAGCAAAAAAUCUAGAGGCGAAGUUUCUAUUGAUAGACCAACCAGACAGUGGGAUUUUCCCUUCGGUUGGGCUCCGCAUCAAAUUCUGGCGUGGGAAGGUCUCACAAAGUAUGGAUAUGAGGGUGAAACUAGACGUUUAGCUUACAGGUGGUUGUUUUUGAUGACCAAGGCUUUCGUCGAUUAUAACGGCAUCGUUGUCGAGAAGUAUGAUGUAACCAAGGGCACCGAUCCUCACAGGGUGGAGGCAGAGUACGGAAAUCAAGGUGCUGAUUUUAAAGGAGUCGCCACUGAGGGAUUCGGCUGGGUGAAUGCCAGUUUUGUGUUGGGCCUGAAAUUUAUGGACACACACGCAAGAAGAGCUCUUGCGUCUUGCAUAAAACCGGACUCAUUUUUCGACAAUCUGAAAAGUGACCAGCGGAAACGAUAUGGCCUAAGUUAA